GUCUGGAGACUUUUCGGACGCUGUCCACCGUCUGUCGCGUAUGCUCCUUUAACGAAAACACGGCGUGACGUCAGGCAUCGCGUUUAAAUGGUGAGCACGAGGCGCGUCGCUCGCGAGAAGUUUGAGAAGCUCAACAUGAGCGGAGGAGCCGGGGACGCGGGCAGAGCGGAGGAGCAGGAGAAGCGCGCGCCUCUCGGAGCGGGAUGUGUCCACAGUGGAUUAGAGUGCUCGGACGGAGGGAGUACCGGAGGAGCGCGCGCGCUGCGCACAGUGACGGCUCGGAGCCCCGGCGCGGUCAGAAGUGAGCAGCGAUGAGGAGAGCUGCCGACGAAGCGGCGUCGACCCGCGGAGCAGCCAGAACACGGAGCAGUGGCUUUGUUUCACAACUUGAGCAGUGUUUGAAGAGCUGAACUAGCCCGAGCGUCGCCCCCUCUCUCCCCGACAUAAAAACCACAGAUCCGCGCCGGGGAACGACGUGACAUGCUGAGCUGGGAGUGUCGCCGAGCUGUUAACGGCUGCGCGAGCCGGACUCGUUUGUCAACAAAAGUCGUUCCUGUCAGGAAAUGGCGCUCCGGCGUGAGGGAGUGAGGGAGUGCGUCAGUGAGUGAGUGAGUGAGUGAGUGAGUGAGGGGAGCUGGGCUUGAUGGGGGAAAUCGCCAAGGUCCCAGAAAAACUCGGAGCGAAAAACAUGCCGUCCGUGACCCCAUGGAGACAUGGCAUAUAGGGUCCUGUCCAGCCGCAUCGUGCCGCCCUCCAACAAGUUAAGCAGAAGGUUCCUCUUCGUGUUCACGCUCUCGCUCUCCUUCACCUAUCUAUGCUACAGCGUGCUCUUCUGCUCGGGCACCGUCAUGCCGAGGCUGCACGGCUUUGAGGAGCACGGCUGCGCGCGCUUGGAGAGCGCCGGGGCCAAAAAGCUGCUGCAGAAGGCGCCUUUCUGCGCCGCGGAGAGCGCGCAGAGCGGCCCGAACGCGGCGCUUCCUCGCAGCGAGGCGGCGAGUCCCGCGCGCAACCAGAGCGGCAGGCGCGCGGCGGCGCAGAGCGCGCGCACCGAAGCCGCGCGCUCCAAAGCGGGCAACGGCACGAGCGCGCAGCGCUACGGCAACAAGAAGUUACCGAACGCGCUGAUCGUGGGCGUGAAGAAGGGGGGCACGAGGGCCGUGCUGGAGUUCAUCCGCAUCCACCCGGACGUGCGCGCGGUGGGCACCGAGCCGCACUUCUUCGACAGAAACUACGACAAAGGCUUGGACUGGUACAGAGGCCUAAUGCCGCGCACGCUGGACAGCCAAAUCACCAUGGAGAAAACGCCAAGCUACUUUGUGACACGGGAGGCUCCGCGACGCAUCGCCAGCAUGUCCCGUGAGACCAAGCUCAUCGUGGUGGUGCGGAACCCAGUGACACGAGCCAUCUCAGAUUACACCCAGACGCUGUCCAAAAAGCCUGACAUCCCCACCUUUGAGGAACUAGCCUUCAAGAACAGGAGCCAGGGGGUGGUGGACACUUCCUGGAAUGCUAUCCGCAUCGGCAUGUACAUCCUGCACCUGGAGAACUGGCUGCAGUACUUCCGGCUGUCGCAGAUCCACUUUGUGAGCGGGGAGCGGCUCAUCACAGACCCGGCCGGUGAACUGGGCCGUGUGCAGGACUUCCUGGGCCUCAAACGCAUCAUCACAGACAAGCACUUCUACUUCAACCGAACAAAAGGCUUCCCUUGUCUGAAGAAGCCUGAGAGCAGCAGCCUUCCCCGCUGCCUUGGCAAGUCCAAGGGCAGGACGCACGUGCAGAUCGACCAGGAGGUCAUUGAGCAGCUGCGAGACUUUUAUAGGCCUUUCAAUGUAAAGUUUUACGAAAUGGUAGGACACGACUUCAGAUGGGACUGACAGGGGUGGGCAGGGGAGGUCGAGGGGAGACCCUGUGUGGAAAGUGCUUCACUUUGUUAAAAGAUGAAUGAGUCAUCCGAUCAGAUCUGCCAAUCAAGGCUGGUUUUAUCUGAUCCGUAGUCGGUCGACGCAGAAAAUGGAAACAGAAAAACCUCAAAGGAGCCCUAAACCAAUUAAGACCAAAUGCUCUUAGGAUAUUAAAAUAGCUUAUAAGCUUACGGAACGAUUAAAAAAUGCAGGCGAAGUCCAAAGGUGUUCGUACUGUAGCUCAAGAGACUCUGCCUUUCACUUGAAAUCCUUUAAUACCUUUAGAACAGAUGAUGGUUCAUUAAAUCAAGAGACUAACUGAGAAGCUGUCAUUCAAUCUCAGAGUAUUUGUCAUGCACAGCACUGUGUCUGUUCACUGUUACUAUUUAAAAUACAAAACCGUGUCAAUCAUCUUGAUAUGAAAUUGAAACCCGAGCAGCAUACAGUGACUACUGAGGUGUGUCAUGACAUUUCAUAAAAUGUAAAAAGGAAAAAAAACAAAAUACAAAUUAAACACAUCCUCAA